AUGCUACCGUGGCCGAAAGUGCGCCCGCGCGGUGGUGGCAAAUGGUCAGACGCCAGCAGCAUUCCAGGACGGAUUUCCGCAAAUGACUAUGAGAAGUUUGUGCGGGAGAGGCUUUCGGGAAGCCAGCUUCAGCAAUCCGAAGCGACCAUCACAGCCCACCUCAGUCAAGAUGCAUGUGAGGCGCUCAACAAGUUGAAGCGCCAAUCUGAGAGGGCAUCAGCAGAAAGCUUGGGCGGGUUGUGGACAAAACUGUAUUCGAGCACAACAGCCAACGACACACCAGCAGAGGCAACUGCUGUCACGGACGUCGUAGUGAAUGCAGAGCGAGACCUUUUACAGUCACUGGGUGAGAAUUCGCAAUUGCUAUUCGGCAAUCGGGUUGUUCCAGAAGGCACAGUUGUGGAAUGUACGGUGGUUGCAGCCUUGUUCUUCAUGAAGUGUCACCAGCUGGAACGGUUUCUAACGCUGGCGGCUGAGGCUGAGCGCUCCGUACCUGCCGUAGCAAUGGUGGUGAAUAAGCUGCCCAUUGAGUGCGCAGAAGAGUGGGUCAAUGCGAUUCAGCAUUAUCCAUUUCUCAAGAGGAAGUAUGCGCAGGGUUUCUUUAGCUUAGUCUACGUUCCUCACACCUUGAACAUUCGUCAGGUUCAACAACAAGUUCAGCAGGUUAGACAAGAAGUUCAACAAGAAGUUCAACGAGGGUUUCGCCUCCGUGACUUUGCCAUUUUCCUCCUCAUCAUCUACAACAUCCUGCUGCAAAUCCAGCGUUGGAGUUCCCCAUUGAGUAGUGGCGAAUUGUGA